AUGGCCAAUCUUCCCUCUUCAUCUUCACCUGUUCCUUCUACGGAUGCCAACACCUCCAAUCCGUCUAAACCAGCUCCCCCGGCCAUAACCACAGCCACACCUAACUCUGAAGACGUUUCAACAUCAGAUAUCAAGAAGGCUGAGAGCAACAUUGAACCUGAUACUGCGGUUGCUACAGCAGACUCCAAUGGUAACAGCAAUAGUGGACACUCAGCCUCUUCCGUCAGCAACACCCCACUAAAGCCUAUCACCGUGCCACUAUCCCCGCCAAUCCCAACCCCUCCCUUCAACGAGUCCUUCGAUACCUCAGCUACAGGCCAACGGGCCAUGAGCAACCUCACUCUGGAGUCCCCGGAAGCAACAUCGAAACCCAUCGAAGUUCCCGGCACCAUCCCUGCCGUCGCCGGUGACUCUAGCGUUUCUAACCAACCAAUCACAGCUACCCCGGCCGUUGUCCAACAGCCCACCUCCGGUAUCAGAGAAGCACCUAAGUCCUCUGAGUCCCCCGAAGUAGACAUGAAGGACGUCACUCCUACUCCAACUACGGAAGCUCCUCCCAAAUUGGAUGGGGAGUCAAAGCCAAAGGCAACGGCAACGGUGGCGGCAACAACAGCCGGCCAAGACGCCGAGAUGCCUGAUGCGCCGGCACACACAUCAUCCCCCCCAACCUCAUCAUUGAUGAGUUCUUCUUUGGUCCGCGCACGAUCAGAGUCUGCUGAACCUGAGCGUCCUAACAAGCGCCAGAAGACCGCCGAGCCCGAAUCGCUGCCAGACGCUGCCGCUCCCGAGCAUGCUGCUAAAGCUAAUGGCUCCCCACCAUCAAAAGCAGAGGUCGCGAGUCCCACCGCGAUGGAUACGACGGCUGAUCAACCUGGUCCUUCCAAGGCUUCGGUUUUCACCGGUGACCCAAUGCCGAUUCAUCAAACAAAAUUUGCUCUCUCCAACCUCAAAAACAUCAAGCGACUCAAAGACGCCCAGGCCUUCUUGAAUCCCGUCGACCCUGUUAAACUGCAACUACCCACCUACUUUGAAAUAAUCAAAAAUCCAAUGUCGCUGUUUGAUAUCGAGAAGAAGCUGACUGCGAAUGAAUAUCAUAACCCAGCAGAAUUGAAGGGUGAUGUUCACCUGAUGGUCCAGAAUUCGAUUUUGUUCAACGGAGUUGAGCACGCCGUUACACAGUCUGGAAUUCAUAUUCGUGAUAAAUACCUUCAUGCCCUCGAAAAAAUGCCGCCGGCGGAGAUCAUCUCGAAGUCGAAGCCACAGCCAAAGCGACCUGUCGUCUCCACUGCUGCGGCUACGGUUGCAGCUCCGGCAGCUGCACCUCCUAGCGUUCCUUCCCCAGUCGUCAAUACACCAGAUUCUAGGGUUCGUCGUGAAUCGGCCCGAGCCUCGGUCCCUACCUCAGCCAUGUCGCCAACCGCAGCGUCACCUACCUUCUCACUCACACCCGGAGGGGUUCCACAAAUCCGUCGAGACAGCAUAGUAACUGCCGAUGGCCGUCCAAAGCGCCCCAUCCACGCCCCACCUCCCAAGGACUUGCCUUAUUCCGAUCUCAAACCCCGUCGCAAGAAGUCGGUUGCCGAAUUCAAGUUUUGCGAGACAAUCAUGAAGGAACUGUGGAAGAAGCAACACAACUCAAUUGCCUAUCCAUUCUACAAUCCAGUCGACCCUGUAGCCCUUGAAAUUCCUGACUAUUUCAAAAUCAUCAAGAAGCCGAUGGAUAUGUCCGAGAUCCAACGAAAGCUGAACCACAACGAAUAUAACAACUCGAACGAAUUCGAGGCCGACAUUCGUUUGAUGUUCAACAACUGCUACAAGUUUAACCCUCCAAGUUCUCCAGUUUAUGACUGUGGUAAGCAAUUGGAAGCCGUCUUUGACGAGAAGUGGUCCCAGAAGCCAAGCUUCAAGGAAGAGACUCCAACCCCACCUGUUGUCGCUGAAGAGGAGGAAGGCGAGGACUCAGACGAUGAAGAUAGUGACGAAGAUGCUGCCCCGGCACUUGAAAUGCUCAAGGCUCAGCUUGGCGCCAUCCAUUCCCAGAUCGAAACUAUCGAGAAGAAGAAGAAAUCAAAGAAGUCUCCUCCAGCCACCUCCAAGAAACAUAAGAAGUCAAGUAGUACCGGAGCUGCCGUUGUGAAGCCUACUCCAAAGACGACUCCUUUGAAUAAGAAAAAAGGAUCAAGUUCCAAGAAGAAGGAACCCCCAGUUCCGUACAUGACCUUCGCACAAAAGACCGAGUUAAGCGAGCGUAUUAAUCAACUCUCGCCUCAUAAGAUGCAACAAGUACUGUCUCUUAUCAAGACGUACCAUCCCGAUCUCGCUGAGGGUGAUGAAAUUGAACUGGAUAUUGACGAACUAGCUCCGGCUACUGUCCACAAGCUAUAUAUUUUCGUCACAGAGAAUACACUACCUCCCGCUGAGUCUGCCGCUCCGGUCGCCCCCGCGCCUAAGAUGCCGAAGGCAGUUCCGACGAAGCAACGGAAAAAGAAUAAACCGAUGUCCGCCACGGAACAGGAGCGCAAGAUUCGCGAAAUUCAAAGUCAGAUUGAAGGCUUUGAAGGAGGUUCUCCAACAGAUGACGGACCAAGGUCUUUGGCCUCGAUGGGAGCUAAACAAGUUGAGAGUUCGAGCGAUGAUGAUCCAUCCUCCGGGUCUGAGAGUGAGGAGGAAUAA